CCGGUCCAGGAGCUCCGUUGGCCUGCUGUCCUCGGCGACAUUUCCAGUUUUAGAUAAUGCAUCACAUCUCUGCGCCCCCGGGGCCCCCAGGGCCCCCAUGAUCUGGAAGAAGACAGCUUGAACCUAGACCUCAGCCCAGGAUGUUGCGGCGGCUGCUGGAGCGGCCCUGCACGCUGGCCCUGCUCGUGGGCUCCCAGCUGGCCGUCAUGAUGUACCUGUCACUGGGGGGCUUCCGGAGCCUCAGCGCCCUAUUUGGCCGAGAGCAGGGGCCCACAUUUGACUAUGCUCAUCCCCACGAUGUCUACAGUAACCUCAGCCACCUGUCAGGGGCCCCUGCUGUUGCCCCGGGCGGCCCUCUGGCUCCUCAAGGUCUGCCGUACUGUCCAGAACGGUCUCCUUUCUUAGUGGGUCCUGUGUCCGUGUCCUUUAGCCCAGUGCCAUCGCUGGCAGAGAUUGUGGAGAGGAACCCCCGGGUGGAAGCGGGGGGCCGGUACCGCCCUGCAGGGUGUGAGCCCCGCUCCCGGACAGCCGUCAUCGUGCCACACCGGGGCCGGGAGCACCACCUGCGCCUGCUGCUCUACCACCUGCACCCCUUCCUGCAGCGCCAGCAGCUUGCUUACGGCAUCUAUGUCAUCCACCAGGCUGGAAAUGGAACUUUUAACAGGGCAAAGCUGCUGAACGUGGGGGUCCGGGAGGCCCUGCGUGACGAAGAGUGGGACUGCCUGUUCUUGCACGACGUGGACCUCCUGCCAGAGAACGACCACAACCUGUAUGUGUGCGACCCCCGGGGGCCCCGGCAUGUGGCUGUCGCCAUGAACAAGUUUGGAUACAGCCUCCCAUACCCCCAAUACUUUGGAGGGGUCUCAGCGCUCACUCCCGACCAGUACCUGAAGAUGAACGGCUUCCCCAAUGAAUACUGGGGCUGGGGUGGUGAGGAUGAUGACAUUGCUACCAGGGUGCGGCUGGCUGGUAUGAAGAUCUCUCGCCCCCCCACAUCUGUGGGGCACUACAAGAUGGUGAAGCACCGAGGAGACAAGGGCAACGAGGAAAACCCGCACAGAUUUGACCUCCUGAUCCGUACUCAGAAUUCCUGGACACAAGAUGGGAUGAACUCACUGACAUACCGAUUGCUGGCUCGAGAGUUGGGCCCUCUCUAUACCAAUGUCACAGCAGACAUUGGAACUGACCCCCGGGGUCCCCGGAUUCCCUCUGGCCCCCGUUACCCACCUGGCUCCUCCCAGGCAUUCCGCCAAGAGAUGCUGCAGCGCAGGCCGCCAGCCAGGCUGGGCCCUCUGCCUACUGCCAACCACACAGCCCCACAUGGUCCACACUGACGCCUCCUUCCUGCCUACCUUUAGUCAUGAAACUGAACCAGAGGGGUCCUGUUCUCCCUUCCUCAGCUCCCCACUGCUCUUAGAGGGACUGGGGGAGCCACUUACGCUGUGCUGGGGCCGGGGCCUCUUACUGCUGGACUGGAGUUGGGCUCCUCUAGACCUGAGGGCCCCUUUCUAGGGGCACCUGCCAGGAUUAUGACUGUGAAUCCCUGAUGUCAUGAUUGUAUGUGGUGACUCCUGGGAGUGCUGCCCCUGCAGUGGGAGCAGGGCUGGACCCCAAGUCCCUUCCUCUUCCGUGGAGAGAAGAGUGACCUAGCUCUCCCGGGACCUCUGUGAAUAUUUAUUCUAUUUAUGGUCCCCAGGAUGUGUUAGGUGAAGUGAGCCCCUCCCUGGGCACUUUCUGCCAGGGCUGGAGCAGCCCUCUCUCUGGCUCUGGCUCAGGCGGCUGGAUUUUGAUAUAUUUUCUAAUAAAGGACUCAGUCUUGC